GUUCAUGUGGACAAGCUGGACAUGUUUAGAAAUAUGCCUGAUAUCCUCCACCAUCUCACAACAGACCGAAACACCCAGAUCCACGCCUGCCGCCACCCAAAGGCAGAAGAGUAUUUCCAGUGGAAUAAAUUACCAUGUGGGAUCACUUCCAAAGCUAAAACUACACUCCACACAAUCAGCAUCAAGCCGUCUACCAUGUGGUUUGGAGAGAGAAGCAGGAAAACAAAUGUGAUCGUGAGAACCGGAGAGAGCUCGUACAGAGCUUGUUUUUCUUUUCACUCCUCCUACAGUGAGAUUAAAGAUUUUUUGAGGUACAUCUGUCCGGUGAAUGCAUAUCCAAACGUCAUUCCGAUAGGCCUCACUGUGGACAAGGUCAUGGACGUUUUAAAGCCUCUAUGCCGAUCCUCCCAAAGUGCCGAACCAAACUACAAACCACUUGGCAAACUGAAGAGAGCAAGAACAAUCCGUCUAGACUCAGAAGAGGAAGGCGAUCUUUUUGAUGACCUUCUGCCAACACCUUUAAGGCACAAAGUUCCAUACCAGGUAACUCUUCUCCCUGAUGUAUUUUCAAUGAAGGCACUGCCACAAGACCAGCCUGAACUGAGCCAAAGGCAGGGGUGCUGCAAAGCAGAGAGUAUGUGGAGUGCUACUUCGGCCAACUUCAUAGACUGUGAAGAAUGCAACAGUGACAGUGAAGAAGAGCUAGAAACCCCACCUUCACUGCAGGGAGGUCUGGGCCCCGAGACACUACCCCAGCAAGAUGCUGGUGCAGACAUACCGCAGUGGGAAGUAUUCUUCAAAAGAAAAGAUGAAAUCACAGAUGAAUGCUCAGAAAACUUACCUUCCUCCAUAGAGACAGGAGGAUCUCAGUCGCCAAAGCUUUUCAGUGACUCACCAAAGCUUUGCAGUGAUUCUGAUGGAGAAUCUACCCACAUCUCUUCCCAGAAUUCCUCUCAGUCAACACAUAUAACAGAUCAAGGAAGUCAAGGCUGGGAUAGCCAGUGUGAUACUGUUCUGCUAUCAUCCCAAGAGAAAAGUGGUGGAGACAGUACCUCUUUGAACAAGGGUGUCUGCAAACCAAAAAUCAAAGAGAAUACUUCUGCCUCUCAAAUGAAACAGAAUGCACUGUGUCCACAGGACACUUCCUGUGACUUGGAAAGCAGAGAUGAAGUAAAUGGAGGUCCUUGCAUUAGAGAACCAGACACUCUGAGUGGCAGGAAAUCCCCACUGGAGAAAACACUGCUAACCAGUGCACAUGGGGAUUCGCAGAGCUCCUCUGAUUUUGAAAUCCCCUCAACUCCAGAGGCUGAGCUUCCUAAGCCAGAGCAGUUACAGUAUUUAUAUGGAAGGCUGGCAACAGGUGAGGGCAUUGUUAAAAAAAGGAAGUGUUCACUCUUAGACAUUUAAGAAUUAAAUUUUAGGGGAUUGGGAGGGAAAGAGGGAGAGGGCUAUA